UGGGGAUAGUGAAAAUUUUUUCCAAGAUGGCGCCGACAACGAGCACUGAGCAGAAGAAAACUGAGCAAAAAAAUGAAGCAAAACAAGAAAAAAAUGCCAAAAAGAAAGAAGAAGAGCCCGAAUUGACAGAAGAAGAUAAACAGCUACAAGAGGAAUUGAAUAUGCUGGUGGAAAGACUCAAGGAAAGCAAUGUGAGUUUACACAAGCCAAGCCUAGAGCUGUUACGAACACAGAUCAAAAGCAGCACAAGUUCAAUGACUUCUGUUCCAAAGCCAUUGAAGUUUUUACGUCCUCAUUAUGGUGUGAUGAAAGAACUGUUUGAAAAAUGGACAAAUCGGGAAAAUAAGACUCUGCUGGCAGACAUAAUUUCUAUUUUGGCAAUGACAAUCAGUGAAGAUAGAGAAUGUCUAAAAUAUCACAUGAUGGGUUCAAAUGAUGCAUUAGAAUCAUGGGGACAUGAAUAUGUCAGGCAUCUUUCAGAAGAAAUCCAUGUUGAAUAUUCUGCACGGACAACUUCUGGUGAAUUAGUUGACAGUCUCUUUAAACUGGCUACAGAGAUUGUCCCAUACUUUAUGGCUCACAAUGCUGAGACAGACGCCUGUGAUUUACUCAUGGAGAUAGACAGGCUGGACUAUCUGUGUGAUAUUGUUGAAAGUACUACAUAUCAAAGAGUUUGUAUCUAUCUUACAAGUUGUGUGAGUUACGUUCCUGAACCAGAUGACACAAAGUUAUUAAAAUGCUCGUUGGCAAUCUAUAAAAAGUUUGAUCGUUAUCCCGAGGCCAUGAAAAUUGCAAUUCAACUGAACAACAUUGACCUGAUCAAAGAUGUCUUCCUUUCUUGUACUGGAAGUCCCGAGAACAAGCUCAUGAUGAAACAACUUGCAUACAUGUUGGCAAGGCAACAGAUCUUCCUCGAAUUGGAAGAGGAUAUGGAAGAAAAUGAAGAACUGACUGAGAUUUUAUCCAACACCCAUCUCAAUAGUAACUUCCUUGCACUCGCAAGAGAGCUUGACAUUAUGGAACCAAAGAUUCCUGACGACAUAUACAAAACACAACUCGAAAGUCACCGGUCUUCAUUCGGCAAUGUCGCGGUAGACUCAGCCCGCCAGAAUCUUGCUUCCUCCUUCGUCAAUGCUUUCCUAAACGCUGGCUUUGGUGCUGAUAAACUGCUCACGGAUGAGAAGUCGAAAUGGAUUUACAAAAACAAGGAUAUGGGUAUAAUGAGUACAACGGCAUCUCUCGGUCUCAUCCUACUCUGGGAUGUCGACGGCGGCUUGACACAGAUUGACAAAUAUCUUUACUCGGCGGAGGAUUAUAUAAAAGCUGGAGCGUUGCUCGCAUGUGGUAUUGUAAACUCGGGAGUGCGCAAUGAAUGCGACCCUGCCUUGGCCUUGUUGUCCGAUUAUAUCCUGCACUCAAAUAAUGUUAUGCGCAUCGGUGCUGUUGUUGGCCUCGGUCUUGCGUAUGCUGGUUCUAACCGAGAGGACGUGUUGUCAUUGCUAUUUCCCGUCCUUUCUGACAAAAGCUCUACCAUGGAAAUCAUCGGUCAAACAGCUUUGGCUUGUGGUACAAUAGCAGCAAGCACUUGCAACAGCGAAGUCAGUUCGUACUUGCUUCAGGCGUUGAUGGAUCGAACAGAAGUUCAAAGAAAGGACACUCAUUGUCGAUUCAUUGCUUUGGGUAUUGGACUAACUUAUUUAGGUAAACAAGAGGAGGCCGAAACAACGCUUGAAGCUCUAAAAGCUGUUCCAGAUCCUCUGGGCAAAUGGGCCUCUGUCUUGGUUGAAAUAUGUUCGUAUGCUGGGACUGGCAAUGUGUUGAAAAUUCAGAACCUACUUCACAUCUGUAGCGAGCAUUACGAGGAGAAAGAAACAGAGAAGAAGGAACCGAAGGAGUCGGACAGCCGAGAAAAAGAUGCCAAGGGAAAGCCAAAGGAAGCUGCCGCCCCAAAAGAGACAAAAGCCGAGGAACCGAAGCCGAAGUUGGAUGGAAGUCAUCAGGGUGUGGCAGUAUUGGGGAUCUCGUUGAUUGCUAUGGGAGAAGAGAUUGGGGCUCAAAUGGCGCUGCGCACCUUUAGACAUUUGCUUCAAUACGGUGAACCAGUGAUACGACGCGCCGUGCCACUGGCACUGGCCAUGCUCUCUGCAUCAAACCCUCAACUCAGUAUCAUGGACAUGCUCAGCAAGCUGUCUCAUGACAACGAUGCUGAGGUGGCACAUAACUCGAUAUUCGCGAUGGGAAUCGUUGCUGCUGGUACCAAUAAUGCAAGGCUGGCUGGAAUGCUGAGGCAGUUAGCUCAGUAUUAUAACAAAGAUGCAAGCAAUUUAUUUAUGGUCCGGUUAGCUCAGGGUCUCGUUCAUCUUGGGAAGGGUACAUUGACCAUAGGACCCUACCACUGUGACAGAUCAUUGAUGUCACCAGUUUCAGUCGCUGGAUUACUUUCUGUUUUAGUCGCUGGGCUUGACAUGAAGAAUACCAUAUUAAGUAAGAGUCAUUACCUACUGUUCUACCUGGUGUCUGCCAUGCAACCGAGGAUGUUGGUAGCUUUUGACACCGACCUUCAACCAAUGCAGGUCUCAGUCAGAGUCGGGCAGGCGGUUGAUGUUGUCGGCCAGGCGGGAAAACCCAAGACGAUCACAGGAUUUCAGACGCACACAACACCUGUCUUGUUAGCUCACGGAGAACGGGCUGAGCUUGCGACUGAAGAAUAUAUUUCCCUCACACCAUUCCUAGAAGGUUUUGCAAUCAUGAAGAAAAAUCCCGAUUACGAUGCUGAUGAAACCAGUUAAAACAAACACUCAUCUGAAUGACUAAUACCGUGUACUGAAAAGUGAAGAAUAACAAUUCGCUGUUAUUUUACAAUCCAGGAAAGUUCUAAAGUUAAAAAACACCUUCAGUCUUUGCCACUGUAAUGGUUAGACUGAACCUAAUUAAGAUAUCUUACCUUUAACGAUAACUGUCCUUAUGCCCCCAUUGUUUCAUAGUAUUGUUUCUAUCGAGUUCGAGCCAGCCGCCCGCCCGAGUAGUUUCCUGGCAGAGGUAACUACCUUGCUAUGUCGGUCAGUUUCUUAGAAACUUUCGUUGUGGCAAGGUUGGGGAAUUCAGGAAGGCAACGCGACGGCGAGGGCCAAAAACAAACUCCUUGAAAUAAAUCAGUAAAAUUUGUGAUUUCGAAAAAUUCUUCGCCGCUCCGAACGAGAAUCAAGCUUGGAACUUUUCUCUAUUAUGAAUUCCUUUCAAGCUUUUAUUGAGAUGAAUAAACUGGUUUAUUCAUCUCAUUGGUUUUUUUUCAUUUGCUCAAUGUAAUGAAUGUAUUGUUUUCCCUCGUCGUAAUUUUGCUGUCCUACCCGUUUAUAAGCGUCCUAUUUACCGGUUCAGAAAUUGGCUUAAACCAAAAACACAAGUAGUGAACCAUUAAUUUUGACUGUGUGCACGCAAUGCUUUUAUCAAAAUGAUUUUUUGUCAAAUAUUAUAGUCCUAUUCAAUCUUUUA